AGAGGAAUAGCUUAGACCUAAGAGACCUGACAGUCUACAUUCUCAUGAUCUGGCUGGUUUGUUCUUUGAGAAUUGAUGUAUGCAGUGCUAGAGAAGGCAAGCAGUACUGGAGGCAAAGCAAACCCAUUUCUAGGAAGAGUGAAAGUGGUAGCACCAGCAACCACCUUCCUACCAGCGUAUCAGAGUUCGGAGAUGGUUACUCUGCACAGGAAGACGCUACAGCAACUCAAUCACAGAAUGGUGGGAAUGGGAACACUCUCAUCUUUAAUGUAUUAGAUUAUGGAGCCAAAGGUGAUGGAACUACCGAUGACACAAAGGCAUUCGGAGCAGCAUGGAGAGACGCUUGUGAACAAGAGGGAUCGACAAUGACCAUUCCUUCAGGGUCCACCUUCCUUGUCCAGCCCAUUUCCUUUUCAGGCUCUAAUUGCACAUCAAACAUUGUGUUUCAGUUGGAUGGGAAAAUCAUUGCACCCACAAGCUUUGAAUCUUGGGGAUCAGGCCUCUUACAGUGGAUUGAAUUCACAAAUCUCCAAGGCAUUAUAGUCGCAGGAAAAGGUACAAUUGAUGGACAAGGCUCUGCCUGGUGGCACAACGCACCUACAGACAAUCCAACUGAUGAAUCAGAACAAGUUGCUCCUGAAAAAAAAGAGUUGCAUCUAAAUGGUAGAAAGCUCAAUACAAAAAUGCCGAGCACCAAGCCAACGGCACUUCGGUUCUAUGGAAGUCAGAAUGUAACUGUCACUGGCAUAGUUAUUCAAAACAGCCCUCAGACCCACCUCAAGUUCGAUGACUGCAAAGCUGUCAAGGUUUUUGAACUGAGCGUCUCAUCUCCUGGCAUCAGUCCAAAUACAGAUGGAAUCCACCUACAGAACUCCCAAGAUGUGGUGAUCUACAACACUGCCCUCGCCUGUGGAGAUGACUGUGUAUCGAUACAAACCGGAUGCUCAAACGUAAACAUACACAAUGUGAAUUGUGGACCUGGGCAUGGAAUCAGCAUUGGAGGGCUAGGGAAAGAUGAAACCAAAGCAUGUGUUUCAAACAUCACUGUCCGAGACACCACCAUGCGAAAUACAUUGACAGGUGUUAGAAUAAAGACAUGGCAGGGAGGCAUGGGCACAGUGCAAGGAGUAAUGUUUUCAAACAUUCAAGUAUCUGAAGUUGAAACUCCAAUGGUUAUUGAUCAAUUUUAUUGUGACAAGGAAGAAUGCCAGAACAAAACAUCAGCUGUGGCUAUAUCAGGCAUAACGUUUGAGAACAUAAGAGGGACAUACAUAAUGCAUCCCUCAUACUUUGCAUGCAGCGACAGCUCACCAUGCAUGGAUUUAUCCCUGAACACCAUAGAGCUGAAUCCAGCACAAGUGAAUGAUACAAAUGGGCCUUUCUGUUGGCAGGCAUACACAGAGGUGAAAACUAAUGCUGCCCCACCUAUUGACUGUUUAAAGAUGGGCAAGCCAUUGAACAACCCAAUUCAGUUCAAUCAUGACUCCUGUUGAACUUUGCCAAGGUAUAAUGGCAGAUUUUAACAUGGGGUUGCAGCAGUUUCUCAAGUCCCUGUUGACACAUACCUGUAUUAUGUAGGUGAUACAAGUUUACAGGAAAUUCUAGUUGUCUGUAGGAAUUCCUUUUUUUUUUUUGGGCUGGGGGGGAAUGGAGGAGGAUAUGAUGAUUUCUACAGCAAAAGAAUAUACAGAACUCCUAUUUUUUAAAGAUAUACACUAGACUACAACAAA